CUACAAACUUAAUUCAAAAAUAUUUCAAAAAACAACUGAAAAUUCUUUUGAAUAUAACAUGAAACGUUGGGUGCGUUUUCAUACAGUCUGUAUGUACUACAAUAAUGAGAAUAUGAAACUAUGAAGGAAUCUAUUAAGAGUCUAAAUCUAAGUUUUUGGUCUCAUAUUUUUAAGAUGCAAAUGUUUUCUUUUCUGCACGGCUUUGGUCACUUAGUGGAUUAAUAUGAUCUCACUGAUUUCUGAACCCGCUUACCUGUAUGUUCCCCUUUCUAAUUUUGAUUCGGCAUAUCCUUCAGACGUCCAUAUUAGACGAAAAAUGUUGCUCAGUUCUUUAUUUUCUAUCCUUAAUUUAGAUAUAAUUCCUACAAAAUUUAAGCUUAUUGAAUUUAUGAAUGUUGAGCCUGAAAGUAAAUAGGUCAUGAUUGAAAAGAUCAAUGAGGUGGUAGAAAUAAUAUGGGUUCAUUUUGAUUAUUGGGAAAACUUCUUGAUGUAACUUAAUUGAAAAUUUUGACCCUAAAAUGAUAAUCGACCAGUAUUUAUGAUUCUACCUCAAGGAUGUCAGUGUUGAUUAAAUGAGAGGGAAUGGCUGAGUAGUAUAUCGAAAAUUUUUUUUCAAAACAGCUAUUAUUUGGUAAUAGAUUGUCAUGUUCAAAUAAUAAUAAAAAUUCAUUGGAAACGGGUGCAAAUAGCAAAAGAGUUGAAACUCGGAAAAGAUUUUGGGAUGCAGUACGGCAAUUUUCCGCUUUUCAGUUCCUGAAAAGUGCAAAUUUUAAUCGUAAAGCAAACGUAAACCUUAUUGACAUGAAAAUGGUCAAGUAAGUUAAAGAAACUGAAAAGAGUAGAAAACAGUCGCAAAUUUUAGCACACAACCAAAUACUCUUCCGUCCUCUUUGAGGUAAAAACGAGAAAACAAUUACUCCAAUUUGCCACCUUCCUACGGACUAAUUGUCUUGUUAAAAAAAGAAAAUUGCAAAUUCAAUCUGUACCGAAAAUUUAAACUUAUAGGCACAAUUUCCUUACAAUCAUCAAUACCUUAAAGAAAACAGUUCUAUAUUCAGUAUUAUUUAAUCCCGUUUUUAGGUAUAUGCAGACUGGACUAUUUGUGCUAUUUGAAAAGAAGUGACAAUUAAAAAAAAAUAUUGUGUUUUUAAUUUAAAAAUAAAAAGAAAAAAACAACAUGGAUCGCAAACGUUCGGUACGACGAUCUAUGCGACGUCAAUAUAAAAAACCAUUAAAUGAAAAACUAAAAGAUUAUUUUCGUAAUUUUAUUGCAUUUAUGUUUAGUAAUGUUGGCAUUGUGGGAUUAGUGGUUGGAUAUACAAUUGCUGGUGCUUUUAUAUUCAUGGCAAUUGAAGGUGAAAGCUCAAAGCAACGUACAUACGAUGUAAUCAAAAUGAGAAAUGCAACAGCUGCCAGAUUAUGGAAACUGACAGAUACAACAAACACAUUAAAUGAAUCGUUUUGGAAGAGUGUUGUGAAAACUGAAAUGGAAGAUUAUCAAGAGCAUAUUGUAAAUGCAAUACGUUUGGGUUAUGAUGGUGCUGAUGAAGAUUCAAAACAAUGGUCAUUUUCGGGGGCUUUUUUAUAUUCUUUGACUGUGAUUACAACCAUUGGUUAUGGAAACAUCGCACCACGUACAGAAUGGGGUAAAGUAACCACGAUUAUCUAUGCAAUCAUCGGUAUGCCAUUAUUCCUAUUAUAUUUAUCAAAUAUUGGUGAUAUUAUGGCACGAUCAUUUAAAUGGACCUAUGCAAAAUGUUGUUUAUGUCGAUGGUGUCCAUCAGUUACACGUAGACGGGCUGAACGGCGUAAACGUAGACGUCGUAUGCAAUUACAACAGUUACAGCAUAACAAUGAUCACAAUGAUGAUGAUGAUGAUGAGGACGAGGAUGAAGAUAAUAAUGAUAUUAUUGGUGCUGCUAGUGUUGUUGGUCGACAUCAUCGAGGUGAUCAUGGUGACGGCAGUAGUGAGGCAUCCAUAGAAUCAGAAGUUCAACAACAUUUUACAACAACAGCGAGAGAUGAUUGGCAGCGAAAUCGAAACACUGGAAACAAUUCAAUUACAACAUCAUCAGCACGUUUAGAGCGCAUGCGUCGUAAAUCAAUUAUCAGUGCGGGUACAACGGACAUGGAAGAUGACGAUGAUGACGAUGACGAUGAAGACGAUGAGGAAGAUGAUAGUGAAAUGGAAAAUGAUCCACAACAAAUAACAGUACCUUUAACAAUAUGUUUGGCAAUUAUGGUUGGAUACGUUUGUGGUGGUGCAUUACUUUUUUCACAAUGGGAAAAUUGGGAUUUUCUUGAUGGUUCAUACUUUUGUUUUAUAUCAUUAAGUACAAUUGGUUUUGGUGAUAUUGUACCGGGUGAUAAAAUUGUUAGAAAUUCACAGGGUAUUGAAUUAAGUUUUAUAUUUUGUUCAAUGUAUCUAUAUUUGGGUAUGGCAUUGAUUGCAAUGUGUUUUAAUUUAAUGCAGGAGGAAGUAAUUCACAAAAUUCGUACAGUCAUGAAGACUUUACGAUACAUCAUGGGAUGUAACAGGUGAUGGACGAGUGAUUCACUCAACUUCUCUUCAAAUACUCUCUCCCUCGAUUAUAUUACGAAACGAAAAAUCUUCAUCGCCAACCAACAGCAGAGCCAGUUACAGGAGCAAGUAGGAGCACACAAACAGCAAAAGUCUGAUGACAAUCUGUCUCAUGUCAGCAAUAUUGAAAGAAGUAUUAUUAAAUGAUAUUUAUACAGGGUGUUUCAUAAAUAUACCUCUAAAGAUUGUACGGGACAUUGAAAUAAAUAUUUUGCCAAAAAAUGUA